GGAGAUUUGGAGGUCGGAUGUGCCAGGGAUUUUGGCCACGGCAUCGAUUAUGACGCGGACGAUCUUGGCCGUCUUGGCCUUGGGGAUGAGGGAGAAGAAAGGCCGGAGCUUGGUCAGGAGGCUCUGGAGGUCGUGGGCCCGGCCUUCCUGCCUGAGGAGGUCUGCAAGGUUGUUGAUGGCUUGUUCUUUGAUGCNGGUCCUCGAGCACGCCGUAGAGGAUUGAUAUGGCCUCAGAAGGGGUUUUGGCCUCCGAGGCUAGGAAGAGGGAGUCAGUGGUGGCGGAAGCACCUCCUCAGGAAGGAUGGCCGGGCCCACGACCUCCAGAGCCUCCUGACCAAGCUCCGGCCUUUCUUCUCCCUCAUCCCCAAGGCCAAGACGGCCAAGAUCGUCCGCGUCAUAAUCGAUGCCGUGGCCAAAAUCCCCGGCACAUCCGACCUCCAAAUCUCCCUCUGCAAGGAGAUCGUCCAAUGGACUCGUGCCGAAAAACGGACCUUUCUCCGCCAGAGGAUCGAGGCCCGACGAGCGGCCCUCCUCCGAAAACGGACUCUGUGUGUUGUGGGAUUUUGGAGAACUUUUGACUCUGCU